UUCAAAACCACCUCAACAAUGGCGGAUUUAGAGAACCCAGAUGUGAUGCCAAAGCUCAUAGCAUUUCUGUCUUCUCUUCUCCAAAGAGUGGCGGAGUCCAACGAUCUCAACCCUCGGCUCCAACCGCAGAAAAUCUCAGUCUUCCAUGGCCUCACUCGCCCUAACAUCUCCAUCCAAAGCUACCUGGAGAGAAUUUUCAAGUACGCCAAUUGCAGCCCCUCUUGCUUCGUUGUGGCAUACGUUUAUCUCGAUCGCUUUGCUCAAAGGCAAGCUGCUUUGCCUAUCAAUUCCUUCAACGUUCAUCGUCUGCUAAUUACAAGUGUCAUGGUGGCUGCAAAAUUCAUGGAUGAUAUGUUCUACAACAAUGCUUACUAUGCAAAAGUAGGAGGAAUCAGCACAACAGAAAUGAAGUUUCUUGAAGUGGACUUCCUAUUUGGCUUGGGCUUCCGAUUAAAUGUGACACCCACCACCUUCCACACCUACUGCUCCUACCUCCAAAGAGAGAUUAUUCUGCAGCAACCUCCUGUUAUUGUAGCAGAACCUUCUCUAAAUUUAGGGAGAUCACUAAAAGCCCACUUGUGCUUCAAUGAGGAUGAACCCUCCUCCCAUCAGAAGCAACAACUAGCUAUUUAACCUCUAAUUCAUGCACAUGAUCUCUAAAUGUAGUUUAGACAUAGAGGUAGUUUCCUUUUUCUCUAUAUUUUGGGUUGGCCAAACGAGCACUUGACUUUUGUGUACUAAGCCGAUCGAAUCCAAAUCUCCAGCACUUUACUGUCUAGAUUGUAACAAAUGUAAGAAAGUUUUUAUAAGAAUCAAUCACCCGUUCAAACAGAUCUUGGACAAUCCACUCACUAGUUGGAGCAAGUAGGUUGUAUCAUAUAGACUCUUAUAUUUGUUACGGAAAUUACUAACAGUUCG